UAAGCUAGCCGCGGCUAAACUCAUGUCACCUCAUGGAGGAUUCCGAUUUACCUACAACUUCUUUAUUAAGUUAUUUAUUUAGGUAUUAUAAUAUACACAGGCUUUUUUUUAAUACUAAAAGGCUUGUCCAAAUGCGUGUUAUUUAGAAUUACACCUAUGCAGCGAAGCUUGGCGACCCAGAAAAAAACAUCAGUCAAAAAAGUGCACGGAAUAUAUUGACUUUGUUUCGGUAAUUGAUGAAGCUGUUUGAUUCCCAGAAGGAAAAACAGGUCCGUGCUGUGCUGAAAGCUGAAGUAGAAAGGAAAGUCAACAAGGAUGACAUUGUGAUAUUGGAUUCAUUAAACUACAUCAAAGGCUACCGCUAUGAACUUUUCUGUCUCACAAAACAUGCACAGACCCCACACUGUCUGGUGUAUUGUUUGACGUCAGAGGACGUGAGCUCAGAGUGGAAUGCCAGCAGAGAUGCAGAGGUGCAGUACACACAUGAAAUCUUAAAGGCAUUGGUUCUGAGAUUUGAAGCGCCAGACUCCAGAAACCGGUGGGACAGUCCACUUUUCACCGUCCUCCAAGAUGACACGCUUCAAUUUGAAGCCGUAGCUGACGCUAUUUUCAAAAGAAAGGCGCCGCCGCCGAAUCAGUCCACACAAAGUCAACCACUGUCAUCUGCAAACUUCCUGUACGAGUUAGACAAGAUCACGCAGGACGUCUUAAUGGCAAUUUUUAAUGCACAGAAGACAAGUGUUCCUGGGGAUUUUGUUUCAGUUCCUGGAGCCACAGAAAAAAUUGUGCUGACCAGGAGUGUCAACAUGGCCAAGCUGCGCAAAUUCCGGCGGCAGUUCAUCAGUUACACGAAAAUGCACCCAACAGAGAACACGGAACAGAUUUCCAAUAUGUUUGUACAGUAUUUAAAUAAGAGCCUUGAUUAAAGAUUGUCUUCAACUA